AUGGGCGUGGACCGCCUCGCCAACUACCUCGCCGCCGCCGGUUUGGCAGCCCGCGAGGCCGAGAUUCGCACAUUUGUGGCACAAGGCGCCCAAGAUGUGCACGCCAUCAUGACCUCACCCUGGUCGUCCGACGAGUUGCGGCGGAUUGCGACACGCGAGAUUCACCCGCCCACUCGCGGACGCCAGGUAACUGGCAUCAUGUGGUACCUCACCGCACUGGCGGUCGAGCGCAACCAGGGCUUUGUGGCUGGUGCUUUCCUCUGCCUUGAUCCCCACGGCCGGCUCUCUGCCUUCUUCCGGGCCGUUGGCACACCGCGAACCAGCAGUCACCUCAAGCGCCACAGUGCGCCAGGCUGCACUGGCGGCGUGGACCUGCACGCAGACGGCACCUUCCCGCCGCUCGCCCAUGGUCACCGACAUGUGCUGUUCAUCGCCAUCGUCAAUGACAAACGUCGUGGCAACUGCUUGUUCCUCAAACCCGAGCCCUACGGUGUCGCUGGUCUCCAAGACUUCAUCCACCACUCUGAGCGCUACGUCCGCUCGCUCGCGCGUCGGUUCCGAUUUGGCGGUAACGACCGUGUCGGCAUGCGGAAGGAACGCAUCCCAGAUCGCUUCGUGAAGGCAUUCGCUGAAGCCGUGGCCCACCUCCCGGACGGCUUGAGCGCCAUUGCCGAGGUCGGUAGUAAAGGGGUAGGGGAAGGCAUUGGCGGUAUGCAUGAUUAUCUUACCACAAAGAUCGCUGACGCCAAACUCCCCGAGCCCGCCCACGUACCUCUGGCGACAUUGCUGCAACGCCUCGAAUCGGAGUACGACUUCGUCGCCUUGCGCUUCGGCAACGAGGUAUGCCUCGACCUCGCGGCUGACCUCUCGGGACCACUCCCCCAAGCGCCAGAGGUGCUCGGUCCAUCGCCACCCUUGUGGUGA